AUGUCUUUGAGGAGAAUCUGUGGUCCACUGUGUACAGUAUUUACAGCAGUGCGAUGAGCGAGCUUGAGGAUUUUUCUGCAGCGUAUCUGCAGAAAGCAGCUAAAGUUGACCCUUCAGACAUCGAUGUGGGGGAAACCAUUGACAACGUACUUCAGAUGAUCAUUGCUGUAGCAUGUUGUCUGGGCAAUGUGCUGGUGAUCUGGGCAGUGUGGACAUGCGGAGCCCUCUGGCAGCCCACCUUCUGCUUCAUUGUGUCCCUCGCUGUGGCUGAUUUCCUGGUGGGGUCUGUGGCCAUCCCCAUAACUGUGCGCGUGGACAUCAGUAUGAACAGCUCCUUUUAUGGCUGCCUUUUCAUGUGCUGUGUCAUCGUAAUGCUAGAGGUGGCUUCUGUCGCCUUUCUCCUGGCUAUCGCAGUGGACCGUUUUCUCCGUGUGCGCAUCCCUCUGACGUAUAAAUCUACAGUCUCUAAAAAACGCUUAUGGAUUGUGGUUGCACUCUGCUGGGUCACUGCUGCAUUGCUGAGUUUUAUCCCCAUGUUUGGAUGGCACAACCCUUUGGGUGCAGAGAGUAAUGAAUGCAGAUUCUUUAAAGUUAUCUCCUAUUCAUAUCUAGUUUACUUCAUAUUCUUCAGCUUAUACCUUCCUCCGUUGGCUCUCAUGACAGGCUUGUACUGUUACAUCUUCCUGACCACUCGAAGGCAGUUAAGAGCAAAUAUAGGUGUGGCUUCCAAGUCCCACAAAUACUACCAGAAAGAACAUAAACUGGCUGCUUCACUGGUUCUGGUCUUGGUUCUCUUUGUUGUCUGUUGGCUCCCUCUGUUCCUCAUGGUCACUGUAAGAUUAUAUGGUCAUAAUAUGAAGGUGCCCUCUGUUGCUAUUGAAAUAGGUGUCCUCCUGUCUCAUACUAAUUCAGCAGUUAACCCCAUAGUUUAUGCGUUUAGGAUCCCAAAGAUAAAAGAGGCGUGUAGGAAGCUGUGGGGAAGAGUUUAUCAUGACAGAGAACAGCAGCAGAUCAUGAAGGUCUCUGAACGCCUGGUCCUUGCAAACCUGAAGGCCGUUACAAACCCUCUGCUGGAUCCCCUGCAGUUCACAUACAGAGCUAACAGGUCUGUUGAUGUGGUCAACAUGGCCCUGCGCUUCAUGCUACAGCAUCUCAACAGUCCUGGAACCUACGCUAGAGUUCUGUUUGUGGACUUCAGCUCAGCUUUCAACACCACAGUGCCAGAGCUCCUGCAGAUCAAACUGUCCCACCUGUCUGCGCCAGAUCCCAUCUGUCAGUGGAUCAUGGAUUUCCUGACAAACAGGAGAACAGCAGGAACCAGGAAGGAAGUCGAGCAGCUGGACUCCUGGCGCAGCAGCAACUGCCUGCUGCUUGCCCAACACAAGACUUGGGUAGCAGUGCUGGUGCUGGUGAUCUGGGCAGUGUGGACAUAUGGAGCCCUCAGGCAGCCCACCUUCUGUCUCAUUGUGUUCCUUGUUGUGACUGAUUUCCUGGUGGGGUCUGUGGUCAUCCCCAUAACUGUGCUGGUGGACAUCCGUAUGAACAACACCUUUCAUGGUUGCCGUUUCAUGUGCUGUGUCAUCAUAAUGCUAGAGGUGGCUUCUGUCGUCUUACUCCUGGCCAUUGCAGUGGACCGUUUUCUCUGUGUGUGCAUCCCUCUGACAUGA